AUGGACUCCACAUUACCGGACGCUUUCGAGGCGUCACAAUCGGGAGCAGGCCUGGGCCAGAAAAUUGCUGGCUUUGAUAGCCAAGGUCGAAUCUUGUCUGAUAUGACGCCUUACGUUAAGGUUGAUGAUCCGCCCAAGUUUGAACUAGAGUCAUACAUCUCGAACUACACUGGUACAUUCGAUCGCUUGUACCUCAUCGGCACAUGUUCCACGCACCUUUCCACGGAAGCUCUCAAAGCCGCUGUCUCCGAAGCCAAGUCGGGCAAGGAUAUCUCGAGAUAUGAACGGGCGGUUACAGCACUCGCACAGGCUGCGCCGGGUGAAAUUGAAGCGAAGCGCGAUAUUGACUGGGUCGAGCGCAUGCAUAAAGUUGUUAAGGCUGAGACGGACCGACUGGAACACGAGCUUAAAGGAUAUAAGAAUAAUUUGAUUAAGGAAAGCAUUAGGAUGGGCAAUGAGGAUCUGGGCCAGCACUAUCAUCAAAUCGGUGAUCAAGUAUCUGCUUCAAAAGCAUAUACUCGGAUGAGAGACUACUGCACUACACCUACUCACAUAGCUUCGAUGUUGCUCAAAAUAACUAACGUGGCUAUUGAACGAGGGGAUUGGUUGAGCGUGCAGUCGAACGUGCAGCGACUGCGCAACCUGCAAUCAAAGCCGGACGAGCACACGAAGAACAAGCCCAAGAUGUCCGCCGCACUCGGGCUGUCUCAACUACACUUGGAUGCAUAUUCGGAUGCGGCAAACAGUUUCCUGUCUACCGAAUCGACUCUAGGGGACUCAUAUAACGAGGUCAUCUCCCCAAAUGAUGUGGCUGUAUAUGGUGGACUGUGCGCACUUGCUUCCAUGGACCGCAAUGAACUUCAGCGCAAAGUACUUGAUAACACCUCGUUCCGUAAUUUCCUGGAAUUGGAACCCCACAUCCGCCGUGCCAUUUCGUUCUUUUGCAAUUCCAAAUUCCGGCCAUGUCUUGAGAUUCUCGAAGCCUACCGCGCCGACUACCUCCUGGACAUUCACUUGCAGCGGCAUAUAAACAUUCUGAUUUCGCGCAUCCGAACAAAGUCCAUACAGCAAUAUGUCGUUCCGUUCAACCGUGUGACUCUUGAUUCUAUGGCCAAGAUAUUCGCCCCCGCAGCCGUCGCCGGCGAGCCGUUACCUACAAACGCUAACUCCCCUUUUGUCAAGGAGCUUAUUCGUCUAAUUGAGGACGGCACGCUGGACGGGCGCAUUGACCUAGAGAAGAUGGUCCUUGUCUCCAAUCAGAUCGACCUGCGUAUGGAAGUGCAAGCGGCAGCACUGGAGAGCCUAGAGAGCUACACGCGGGAAGCUCAUUUGCGCCUCCUCCGGACGAAUGUCAUUCGUGCUGGACUGGAAGUCCGGCCGCCCGCAGACCACAAUGUAGGGGCUGGGGGCAAGGGAAAACACGCACGGAUGUAA